AUGUCUCAGAAAGUUGGACACACAGGGCUAGCGUUUGCCAGGCUAUGGCACCAUGUUGAUUUGGCUAAGGAUAAGAGAACAUUAGGUAGGGUUGCCUCUUCUAUCGCGGUGACACUUAUAGGUAAGCACAAGCCAGUAUAUCAUCCAUCUCAGGAUUGUGGUGAUUACGUUGUUGUGACUAAUUGUCAGAAAGUGCGUAUAACUGGUAAGAAGUUUGAGCAAAAGACUUAUUGGUCGCAUUCAACUAAACCAGGUAAUUUAAAGUUAACAACAAUGAAGACCAUGGCUGAGAAUAAAGGCUACGGUGAACUUUUGAAGAAAGCUGUAUCUGGUAUGUUACCCAAAAAUAGACUUAGAAAAGUAAGACUAGCAAGACUGAAAGUAUUUGAUGGUGCUGAGCAUCCUUACGGUGACAAUUUUACUGCAUAUGCCUUGAAACAGCCAAAGGUGCAGAAAUUAAUAGAAUCUAGGCAAGAGCGUACACAGGUUUCACAAGAAGCUUGA